UCCAUCUCUCACCCUCCUCUUAGGUGGACAUGUAGGCACACAAAUAAUAAACCAUGUAAGUCUAAUAAGUAAUACCUUAGUCUUGUUACUUGAAUGUGGAUGCCAAACCAAAAGCUAGCUAGCUUUAUAAGGGAGCUUGUACUCAAGUGGGAGGUAUAACAGUGUCCAAAUGCUGCUACAGGCCAAGCCAAGCAAAACUAGACAAAUAAAAGAGGGAGAGGAAGAAAGAAAGAAAGAAAGAAAACCUAAAUCUUUGGGGGAUAUAUGUUUGUACUUGAAUGUGGAUGCAAAUCUUGCACAGCCAUGUGGAUUUUUAUUCUAGCCUAUAACUAGCUACAUACCCUUAUAUUUUGGGGGCACUACCUACCUUAAUGGCUGGACUUAGAGUUGGAGGGAAUAGUAUUAAUUCAAUGUUUUUCUAAUUUCCCUUUUAGCAAAAUUGGGCCACAUAUGUUAGUUCUAGUUUUCCUUGGCCAUGGUUCCUCCAAACUCACACUUUAUUUAUUCUUCAUAAGUUCCUCCUCCCUUUGCUUUUGUGGUCAAUGGAAAACAGCACUCAGAUCUCUUUGAAAUCUAUAUGGAUCAUAUGUGGGUGGGGUUUAGUUUCUGGGGCACAUGUGUAUAUAUUGUGAUCAGUAGUUUACUUCCAUUGUAGGUAAUGUAUUUGGGUUCAAAGCUCUGCGCGCCCUACGCCUGGAGGAUUUGCGAAUUCCUCCUGCUUAUACUAAAACUUUCCAAGGCCCUCCUCACGGGAUUCAAGUUGAGAGAGAUAAAUUGAACAAGUAUGGUCGCCCCCUAUUGGGCUGUACUAUUAAACCGAAACUGGGCUUAUUCGCUAAGAAUUAUGGUAGAGCUGUUUAUGAAUGUCUCCGUGGUGGACUUGAAUUUACCAAAGAUGAUGAAAACGUGAACUCCCAACCAUUUAUGCGUUGGAGAGACCGUUUCUUAUUUUGUGCCGAAGCUAUUUAUAAAUCACAGGCUGAAACAGGGGAAAUCAAAGGGCAUUAUUUCAAUGCUACCGCGGGUACAUGUGAAGAAAUGAUCAAAAGGGCUGUAUUUGCCAGAGAAUUGGGAGUUCCUAUUGUAAUGCACGACUACUUAAUAGGGGGAUUCACCGCUAAUACUAGCUUGGCUCAUUAUUGCCAAGAUAAUGGUUUACUUCUUUACAUCCACCGCGCAAUGCAUGCAGUUAUUGAUAGACAAAAGAAUCACGGUAUACACUUUCGUGUACUAGCUAAAGCGUUACGUAUGUCUGGUGGAGAUCAUAUUCACUCAGGUAUCGUAGUAGGUAAACUUUUUAGUAACCAAAAUCCUGUUCAUCUAGCUAAUUAAUCGGUUCCUCAAUAACCAAAAAGAAAAAGAAAGCUUCUUGUAAUAGGAAAAAUAUAACGAACGAGACGCGGCGGCUAAAAAGUAAAAACCAACUUGCAUAUGUUUUGCUUUGACAGAUGAAACCCCACUUUUUACAAUCAAUAUUAACUAAUUAAUUAUAUAUAUAAUAAUAAUAAUAAGAAUUAACCACUAUAUAUACAACCUUCUUGUAGUGUAAAAAAAAAAAAAAAAACCAAGCCACCACUUCCCAAAAAUUCCCCUUUCUUUCUCCUACCUCUACUUUCUUUCGUCGUCCUUUCUUUUUUGCUCCAAUGGAUUCUCAGCACUAUUCCUUCUGCUCCAACUUCAACGUGGACGGCGACGAUCAGCUCAUCAUCAACAAAUUCUCCGAGGAAGAGCUGUCGGAGAUCAUGCUAUCCCUCGUCGCCAAUCAUCAUCAUCAGGAGGAGAACUCUUUAUUGGCGACGACUCCCAACCAUUACGCCGCCAUGCCCAUAUCAUCAUCACUUCAUGAACUUCUCAAUACGACAUCGUCUUCGUUCGAGUCUGAUCCCGUUUCAUCGUUUUCUCUUGAUCGUGAUCCCGAGGCGAUAUUGUUCAAUAAUAUCGGAAGCGGGAUGACUGACAAUGUUGAUGGUGGAUCAAUAACGGCGUCGUUUGGCGCGGCUACUAAUUGCUACCAUGGCCAGCAGCCGGCGGCGGCUAAUUACGUACGUGCUCCAUCGGCUGCGGCAGUAGCUGCUGACAUGGACAAUUAUUACGGGACGACGACGACGACGACGCAAUUAUGCAAUAACAAUAAUAUUAAUGCCGACGUGAAGGUUGGGCAAUACACGGCGGAGGAGAGGAAGGACAGGAUCCUAAGGUAUUUGAAGAAGAGAAACCAAAGAAACUUCAACAAAACCAUCAAGUAUGCUUGCCGGAAAACGUUGGCCGACAGAAGAGUACGUGUGCGAGGGAGGUUUGCAAGGAAUAGCAGCAGCGAGUUAUCCGAAGAAGACGUAAUUACGCCGCCGCCGCCGCAGCGGCUAUCGGAAGAAGAAGAAGAAGAAGAUCAAUGGCUGCAAGAGGCUACGGCGAGUCUAUUGUAUGCACCAUACAUUGCUGCAGGAUGACAGUAAUUAAUUACAUAUACAUUAGAAAUUGUAACGUUAUAUAUAAAUAGUAAUACUAUACGGCGGCUGCAUAUCAAUAUUGGGGGUGGGUAUUAAUUAACAGGUAGCUAUAGGUAGUUGGUUCUGGUGAAAUAAUUAAUUAUCGUUUCAUCAUCAUUUUGUAUGCUAAUUAGUUCGAUGAAGAACGUAAUCAUCAUGCCCCCUCACAGCUAGCUUAAUUUGUACUUCAAAUUGUAUUUUUGAUGAGUUUUCUUUUAUAUUAUCGAAUCGAUUGGGUUUCUCUCUCAUAUUCGUAUUCUAUUAGCAUGAGCUUUGUUCUCUGUCAACCAUAAAUAGUGUAUCGAUCGAUGAAUCUGUAAGCGAGUGGGUCGUUAGUUAAUCGAGGAAUUGAGUUUGAUAAUAUUUUUGUCAUCAUUGUUUUCGUAGAUACCAUAUCAAAUGUCAACGAUCGAUCGCAUCAUGUUUAUCAAUAAACACAAAGGUUUUUACAAGUAAAGAGACGACGAUCAUCCAUGUGUUGACAAAUCAAAAUGUCUAACACAUUCAUAAAAAAAAACCCUUUAUUUUUUUCCCCAUUACCAACUAGGGUUAUCUUGUUUCUGUAUCAUGAGAUAGAAGGCUGGCUAUAUAAUGUAUAUCAACCUCAUUGAGGGGAUCAAAAUGAGUUUGACUGAUGAACUGAAUUUGGUUUUAUGUUUUUUUUUUUUUUUCUCUUUGUAUAAGGCACUAGACAAAAGCAUCUUAUUCUUAGCAAGCAAAACCAAUUUGCUUUAUUUUCCAUCAGACUGAUUGCUGCAGGCUUUACUACCCAUUUUAGGUGGAAUUUAUACGAGAAAGUGACCGGCGAGAAAAAUAAGAGAUACCCUUGUAGUUAUAUGGACAAAUCAUAGAUAUCUAUAUUCCUUAAAUUAUGAAGAAUUAUUAGUUCCUAGACUUUAUAAGUAAAAUGUUAGAAAAACGGGUGUGCUGUUGGAGAAAACCCACUUUUACAUUAUACUUGAUUGAAUUAUUGAAAUGUAAAAACUAUUUUACAUGUAGAAAUUGGAAAAAAGAGUUGUGAUAAUUAAACGAUGACCCAGUCAACUCCACUAUUGACAAUUUAGGGCAUAUAGAUGGCAUAAACGUAUAUAAGAUUAUAAGUUAUCCCUUUGUGCAAAUGAAGUGUUUUUUUUUAUACAAAAGAUAAUCAUAUAUUGAUAGACAAAGAGACAGUUACACCUUGGAAUUCUGCGAGGCCUAAAAAUCAAAGAAACGACACGCAGUCGGGUACAAAAAAAUGGCCUUUUAAGCCACCAAAUGAACUACCCUAUUACUACGCCGACCUACAAAUCGAACACAAAAAUCCGAAUGAAAGGCAAAGAUCUGCAUAACUUCACCAUAAUUCCUCAUGGAAUUAACCACAACCAUAAUCCUUCCAAAAUACUCGGUCACGGUUUCACUUUCUUUCAUUUCAAGAAGCUCAAAAUUUCUUCUCAAAGCCUGCAAUUUAACUUUUUGAACUCUAACACUUCCUUGAUAUUUAAUCUCAUAGAAUCCCACAAUUCCUUAGAUGUGCCCUUCUUGGAAAUAUUUUUCAGAAUUACCUUAUCAAUAGAGUUGAAUAGAUAGUUUUUGGCCUUCAAAUCAUUUAGCUCCUUUGUUUCAACUGCUGACAUCUCCUCUCCUUCUCUUUGUUCCCUGAAUCCAUCACUCGCCACUUGCCAAUACUCCUUUGACUGAAGAAGGUUCUCCAUGACAAGACUCCAAUGCUCAAAGUCUCCAUCAAAUUUUGGUAUGCACAUUUUUGCAAAGCUGCUAGACUCACUCAUUUUAUUUCUCACACUCACAAUUCUCUGUUUGCACUCACCCGUUGUGUUUUCCCCUUCUUGCAGAUCCUUUCUAGUACACUCGUGUUUCCCACCCAAAGAUCUAACUCUGUUAUGCAAAUUCACUCACACAGCAACGCACACUUAACUUAGUUUUGUUACCAGCUUGCAAAGAGCUCUGAUACCGCAAUGAUAAAACUCAAUGACGCAAACUGACUACUUUUAUUGAAUGAUCAAAGGAACAAAUAUAUACACGGAGCCAAGCUUCUGCUAAGCUGCAGUUUCAGACUCAUACCUCUAACAACCAACCCACUUCCUAUAAAACAACAACGCACUAUCUAUGAUUACCUACUUCUACUCAACUACUAGACCGUAGCCCACACCCACGGCAAACAACUUAGCUAAUUAAUCCUAUUCAUCAAAACAACAAAAACACUAAGCAAUAAUGACUAAAAAUGGAA